AUGAAGCAUUUCGAAUAUCUGCUCUUUCCAGUUUUUUUUGCUUUGUUGCAACUUAAAAUACAAAAUGUGCUUUCGAGGAGCAACUUUGACAUCACCUAUAAAGGGUUCAAUUGUACUACUAUAGAUCCAAAAGGUUAUGUCGCCAAAGUGUCUUGUUUUAUUAGUAAGAAUACGAAGCGGAGCAGCAUUUCCACGGAGAUGCAAUUUAAACGGGAUUUGAAUUACUUCAGCAUCAACAUUCUUGUCGUAAUGCCAAGAAGCUCCGAAGAUUUUGUGCUCAUCAAUAUGACACGCAUCAAGGGCUGCGAAUUUAUGGCAAAUAAAAAUCAAGUGCCAAUCUUGCAAUUGGUGGUGAGCUCGAUGAGUCGUUACGGGAAUCUGCUGAACAAAUGUCCAUACAAGCGCGACACCCUGUAUUACUUACGUGGAUUUCACUUGGAUUUGAAUUCAAUUCCAGCAAUCGCAUUCGAAACGGAUUUAAAGACAUGGUUUGAUUUUACUUAUGAACGAGAUAUACUUUUCAGCGGUUACGUGCAUUCCAGUAUACGUUUGCGGCGCAAUGGUUAG